UUUCGCUUCGAAAUCAAUUACGCUAUUUUUUUUUUCUGCUCACAUGUCCGUCCGACAUUAAUUAUUCGGUGGAGGCACAAAUUUAUCAAUUGACCCUUCCCAAUGCGACUCCUUAACAGGCCAGCAAAUAACGAAACGGUCUUUUAAUUGAUGGUGUUGCGAGCGGAGCGAGGCGUCUUCGGACGGCUGUAAACAAACUCGGUGUGGGAUUUGAGUUGAUCUGUUAAUUUCGGUGUUUGUUGGUUUAGGAGUUGCCCGAUUUGAAAUGGACUACGCGAUCUGUCUUGUUGUUUUCCUUUUCGGGAUCAUAAAUUUGGACCGAGUGCACCCCCUGAAACUGACGAAAUUCUCCGUACCACCCGCCCAGGCCCACUGGGCCCACCUGGUCUGCCAGUACGACCUGGAGGGCGGCAAGCUGUACGACGUCAAGUGGUACAAGGACGACCACAACUUCCUGCGGUGCAACGACGAGGGCGUCCACACUUACCCGGCGGACGGCGUCAACGUUUACAACACGGAACCGGUGACCAGUUCCUGUUCGCUGACGUUGAGCGGCCUGACGGCCAAAAGUGCGGGGAUUUACAAGUGCGAGGUCACGCUGGACGCCCCCUCGUUUCCCACCGUCUCCAGUUUUGGCGACCUCAAAGUCGUGCCCGUUGAGCCCACCGCAUUAACGACUACAACGUCAACUACCACAACCACCAUACAAACACCGCUAAUGUCAUCAGGAAGUCAUUGUAUAUAUAAUAAAAUUUUAAUAAUUAGUGUUUUAUUUAUUUCUAAAUGUAUAUUAUUUUUAUAUUAAAUAAUUUUUAAAAUC